AGGGGAUUGGCGGAGAGCGCGAGGGAGAGAAUGUGACAAGUGCCGGCUCGGCGGCCGCCGGGGGAGGCCGCGCGCACCUGUCCCUGCCCGUCUCGCGCCGCCCGCGGCCGCUCGGACGCGCGCAGAGCCGCCCCCCGCCCGAGCGCCGCCGCCGCCGCGUGCGCCCGAGAACAUGACUUCUGCCUUCAAGCUGGAUUUCCUCCCGGACAUGAUGGUCGAGGGCCGCCUGCUCGUCCCUGACAGAAUUAACGGCACAGCCAGCAAGAUGAACGGGGCUUUGGAUCACUCGGACCAACCAGACCCAGAUGCCAUUAAGAUGUUCGUCGGGCAGAUCCCCCGGUCCUGGUCGGAAAAGGAGCUGAAAGAACUUUUUGAGCCUUACGGAGCCGUCUACCAGAUCAACGUCCUCCGGGACCGGAGUCAGAACCCUCCCCAGAGUAAAGGUUGUUGUUUCGUAACAUUUUAUACAAGAAAAGCUGCACUUGAGGCCCAGAAUGCACUGCACAAUAUUAAAACUUUACCUGGGAUGCAUCAUCCCAUUCAGAUGAAACCUGCAGAUAGUGAAAAGUCAAACGCUGUGGAAGACAGGAAAUUGUUCAUAGGAAUGGUUUCGAAGAAGUGUAACGAGAAUGACAUCAGGGUGAUGUUCUCUGCGUUCGGCCAGAUAGAAGAAUGCAGGAUCCUCCGUGGACCCGACGGGCUGAGUCGAGGCUGUGCGUUUGUCACAUUUUCUACAAGGGCAAUGGCACAGAAUGCAAUCAAAGCCAUGCAUCAGUCUCAGACCAUGGAGGGCUGCUCUUCACCUAUCGUGGUGAAGUUUGCGGACACUCAGAAGGACAAGGAGCAAAGGCGCCUCCAGCAGCAGCUGGCACAGCAGAUGCAGCAGCUCAACACUGCCACCUGGGGGAACCUGACGGGUCUGGGCGGACUGACCCCGCAGUACCUGGCGCUUCUGCAGCAGGCCACCUCCUCCAGCAACCUGGGUGCGUUCAGUGGCAUUCAGCAAAUGGCUGGCAUGAAUGCUUUACAGCUGCAGAACCUGGCGACCCUCGCUGCUGCUGCAGCCGCAGCCCAGACCUCAGCCACCAGCACCAAUGCAAACCCCCUCUCUACCACGAGCAGCGCCCUGGGAGCCCUCACGAGUCCCGUGGCUGCCUCAACCCCUAAUUCCACUGCUGGUGCAGCCAUGAAUUCCUUGACCUCUCUUGGGACUCUGCAAGGACUGGCUGGAGCCACUGUCGGACUGAAUAAUAUUAAUGCACUAGCAGUUGCUCAAAUGCUCUCAGGUAUGGCGGCUCUGAAUGGAGGACUUGGCGCCACAGGCUUGACGAAUGGCACGGCUGGCACCAUGGACGCCCUCACCCAGGCCUACUCAGGAAUUCAGCAGUACGCGGCUGCCGCGCUGCCCACUCUGUACAGCCAGAGCCUGCUGCAGCAGCAGAGCGCUGCGGGCAGCCAGAAGGAAGGUCCAGAGGGGGCAAACCUCUUUAUUUACCACCUUCCACAGGAGUUUGGAGACCAGGACAUUCUGCAGAUGUUCAUGCCUUUUGGGAACGUCAUCUCUGCUAAAGUCUUCAUUGACAAACAGACCAAUCUGAGCAAGUGCUUUGGCUUUGUGAGCUACGACAAUCCAGUAUCAGCACAGGCUGCCAUCCAGGCUAUGAACGGCUUUCAGAUCGGCAUGAAACGCUUGAAGGUGCAGCUGAAGCGCUCCAAAAACGACAGCAAACCUUACUGAUCCUCCCCGAGGCUCCGCUCUCAUGUUAGCUUUCUUAGGGUAAGUCCCACGAGCCAGCCUGCUCUCAACAGGGGAGGCAGAGGAGGACCACAUGGCCAGCUUUGACCAAGAGAGACGGUUAUUUUUACAAUAAGGCCUCCAUUUCCCCCACCCAUCCCCCCACCCAGUUUGCCAUAAUUAAAACCUGGGCUACCUUGUUUCUAUUGAGUGAAUUCCUCCUCCAGUUGUGCCACUGUAUUUGUUUUGCAAUUUGAAUCUCUUUUUUUUUUUUUAAUUUUUUUUGAUGUUUUUGCUUUUUUAAAGAAAAACAUAACACACAAAUGACAUCUCGCAAGAAUUUGAAAGGCAAACAGACGCUAAUGUGCAAUUCUAACUCUGAAACCACGAGUGCCCCAGAGCACUGCCUGGAGAAUCCCCUCCUUGUCUGGCGCCCACCGUGCCCCAGGGCCCUGGCCUCAGAGGGGACUGUGGUGGCCCAGAGAGGGAGGAGCCAGGAGAAGCACUUAACGCAAAACAACACAGGUCUUUCCACUACACGGUUUGUUUUAAGAAGUAGGAUUUUAUUUUAGGGUUCCAAGAAACAUGACAUUAUUCGUCAGAUGAUUACACUGGUGGUCUAUUUUGUUAUCGUUUUAUUUUUAGUUUUUAGAAAGGAUUAAUGUAAAAAAAAAAGAUUUAGAGAUCUGUUUCUUAAAGCUACAGGGUUUAAACAUAAAAUAAAAAUGAGUGAAAAUACUUGAUGUUUCUUGAAAGAUAAAUUUAAUAAUAAAUACAUAAAUAAAAAGAAAGCCACAGGCCUGUAAAUUUUAUUUGUAAAAAAAGCAUUUCUAUUUUUAUACAAAAUUUUUACUGCCUCAGAAAUAAUGGAAGUUAUUUAUUGCCUAUUGUUAACUUAUUGGGUACCUAAAGCGCAGUUCUGUCUAGCUAGAACCUUCUGAAGUAGUCUCUAGUGGAAUUGUUCUAGGAAUGGGCUUUUUUUCACCGUUGAACCCUAGACCUAAAAGUUCAUGCUUAUCCUCUCGUUGUUUGUAUCUGUCUAAUUAUUUUGUUCGUAACUUCCAUUAUCUAGUUUACGGUUCAGUCGUCCGACUCUCCCCGUAUGUCACAUUUGUUGAAACUGGACCCUCUCCCCUGUCCCUUGCCAGCCUCUCACCCCAAAACACCCGGAAUCCAUCCCCUCGGGCUCUCUCCAGAUGGAUUCUCUUGGGGUUUCAUUGUGCUGUGGAUUAAGAGUGUAAGAAAUGCAAAUUAUGUGAAUGGCUGGUAGACUCCCUAAUGACCUGAGAUUUGCAUUAGUUUCUCUCCUGCACCCCUAAAAGUGAUCGUGUUGCUGCUGCCUAGAUUCUGUGUAACUUUUUACUCUCCCUGUUUUUUCCCUAGACAUCUUCAUGCCCGUUAGUUCAUCGUUUGCCUAGCAUGUCCCUGUGGCGUCUCAAACAAAGUUUCAUCGUCCCGUCAUUGUUUCUGAUGUCUUUCUGACCUCACAUCACAUUUGGUUCUCCUACUGACUUUUGACCUAGUUUGACCUUUGAAAUUUGCAUGUGACCUCAUCUAGCUAUGAAUUCUGGGAAGUCAAUGUGAAAAACAUUGCUGCAUUCAUGCAAGACUGAAAUUUAUUAUUAGACAAGUUAACUAUAGAAAAAACAACCUGUGGCAAAAACGUUUCUUUCUUCUUCUUCUUUUUUUUUUUUUUUUCUUUUCAUAAAACAGACUUGAAAGUAUUAUACAGGGAUUGGCAUUCUUCCCGGUCACUGGUAACAAUAGCAAUAUGUGUCCAGAGACACAGAAUGUUGGUUUCUAACAGACUACUUCCAAAAACAGUUUGAGAAAAAAAAAAAAAAAACUGUCUGAUUUUAAGUCUCUAGAGGUCUGUAAUAGUUUUUACAUUUUUCAGGCAGUGUAAAGUUUUUUGAUAAGGCCAUUUUAGGUGGCUCACUUUCUCAUUAAGAUAUAUAUAUAGAACCACUUUUUUGUAGAUUAGUAUAAGAAAAAUAUUUACCCUGUUUUGGGGCAAAUGCUACCUAUUUGUGUCACCUUUUGCUGAACUGACUCACAGUUAGACAAUCCAUGGUUUAAUGCACAUGAAAUUACCUAUAUUUUAUACUGUUUCAAUGUACAGGAGAAAGGUUGCUGUAAGCAGUGUUACGUUGGUGCUUCUGUGAAUUAAGUUGUGGUUUCAUCAUGAGUCUUACGGUCUCAAUGUUAUUUGUUGAUAAGACAAGUUUAGAAUUGGUUUACUUAAAACAAAAAAGAAUUUCAAAAAAAAAAAAAAAGGUGUUUGCUUAAAAAAAAAAUUUCAUGUGAGGGGAAAAAAAACAAAAAAAAAAACCUAUUCCAGAAUAAGUUUUUUGUGUUGGCUUGUGAAGCACUGAUGUCAUUUUUUUUUUAAUUAUUGUGGACUAUUUAGAUGUGUUUGUGUUCAGCAAAAUGUGAUGGUUUUUUUUUUCUUUUAAAGAAAAAAAAGUGAAAAUAUAUAGUGCCAAAUUCCAAAGGUACUUCCUUCCUAGAGCUUCAAGUGUGUUUCUUGUGAGAAGUAAUUUGAUAACAUGGGUAUUUUAUUAUGUGUUUUGUAUAAAUCCCUAAUAUUUAAAAAACAAAAAAACAACAAAAAAAAAAGGUUUCAAAGUUUGUUAACUUGCUAUCCUGUGGUCUUGUUGCCUGGAAUUGUUAUUGUUUGUUAUUUCUCUAUGAUGUUUUUUGUAAGGCGUUAUAUCACUGCCCGCCUCUCACUUUUCUAACCACUCUGCACACCCACGCUGUGAAGGCAGCCUGACCAUGUACUUUUCUUCAUAAUAUAUGGAAACCUCUAAGGUGAGAAAGUUUUGAACUUUUAACCCUUUCUACCCAGAGCUAUCUGGAAGUUGGUAACCUUUGAUACUUUGUUUGGGGAGGGGGGGUUGUCUUCUUCUAAUUGGAUUCCCCACCACCACCACUGCAUAGAUCUAGUAGGUUCCCCCCCCCCCACAGGUAGAAAAACACCUCCCCCAAGGUAAAAAGAUCAUCUAUUUUUUCCUAUACCUUUCCUUAUUUCUGGUCUUUUUUUGGAAAAGAAAUCUUAAUAUGCUAGUGGACUUUCAUUUUAAUGAAAAGUGGAUAAACCCUCUAAAGGACGCUUCUGAGAUCAAGUCCAGGGGUCUGUUCUAGUCUAGAAUAUUCUCACACCUUGCAGUGAAGCAACUUUGUGGUGGGCUGGUCCUUAAGGGGUUUGGCUUCUGUUUUCUCCAUACCGCCCAGCAAUGCUCCUAAGCAGCCACAGUGCUGGGGUGUCUCUGACCCUAACGGGCCAGGGGUCUGGAGUUAGAAGCCUACAGUCCUUGCCCUUUUCUUGGUUCAGUGAACACAUUUAAAGGGGACUGACCCUGUAAGUAAAGCUCAGUUCUUUAUCACACUUAACUGACCAAAUACUUAGCACCAGUUCCCGCUGCCACCUUUUAAAGUGCCAUGUAACUUUGACUUUCUGUGGCUGGGUACCCUGCUGUCUUGCCGUCCCUCCAGCCUUCCCUGGAAGCAUCUUGGUUUCAGCCCCCUUUCCCCUCUCAGAGACUGCUUUGAUCUCGUGUGGACGAGAUAGCCCUGGGGUAGAAAGGACUAGCCUCUACUGAUGCAAAAACAAAAACAAAAGUUUCCUUCUUACAGCACAUGCACUUAAACGAGCUGUACUAUCCUCACACGUGUUUACUACUGCUGGGGCCUUCCUUCAUCCUCUGAGGGCUAUUUUGUACUUCCUGCAGCAAUCAGCUCAGUGACAAAGUUACCACACACGGCUCUCAUCUCCCGUGUACCGGGGUGUGCGGAUACAGACACAGAAAUACAGUGAACACCAUCUGAAUUUCUUAGAAUCUCCUUAGCAACACGCAACAUUUUCUGAUUCCUUCACUCACCUAAACUUCCCUUCUCCUGCCCUCUUCUCCUCUCAUCCCACCUGCUCCCCCCACCCCCCAGGAGAAACCGUGCAGGAGCCCAGGAGGGGCAGGUGAAGUGGAGGAAUUCUUAUUUUCAAGCAGCCGAGAUGGUAGGUACAUUCAGGGGGAACUUCCUUUCUUUUUUCUCUUGGCAUUUUUCAUUGCUAAAAUUGUAACAACCUUCCUCAGAGACAAAAUAUCCUGUAUCCAAAAAACCAACAAACAAAAAAAGCUGCAAGGGUGCAAAGGGCCUGUACCAGAAGGAAAAACACACAGGGAAACUGCUUUUUUUUAAAUCAAGUGUGUAGAGAAUAGUCAUUUUUAAACUAAAUUAGAGAAUUGUGACAAAAUGGCAGUCCUCAAAGGCGUGACAAGUUCAUCUUUCUUUCACCAUAGGGGUUACAGUUCUUUGGCUUGUGCUACUCUGAAAUCAUUUUACUGUUUGUUUUUAUUAUUAUCUUAAGUGCUAAUUAAAAAGAAGAAAUAAAAUUUUAAAAAGACCUGUAGUUUCAUUACCUUUUUGAAUAAUGUCAUACAAAAAAAUGUAUUUGUGUUUUUUUGUGCUGUGAGAAUUGUUGUUUGUAGAUUAAUGAUAUCAUUUUGUUUAGAAUUACGAAAUAGUUUUUAAAUACUGUCCGAGAAAAGCCAAAGUUAAUGCAACCUAGUGGAAACUGUAAGACCAUUUGAGUAUUGUUUGUUUUAUCGAUGCAUUUGGAUUUUGUUGUUUGAUGGAAUUUGAGCCAAAAAAAAAAAAAAAAAAAUACGCAGGCUUUCCUAUUUCUACAACUGAUUGUACUUAUGCAUUUUGUACCAGUGGAACUUUUUAUACUGGAGAUUAAAAAAAUGGAAAUUUUUGUGGCUUACUCUCGUGGGCCCCCUGACAAUGACUGAUUUCAAGUUUGAUUUCUGGUUGACAGAAAGAAAGUUGCUUUUCUUUUGAGAAUUAAAAACUUUGGCUUGAUUUCUUUUUUUCCCUUGGCUUAUAUCUAGCAUUAAGAAUUUUGUCUUAAAAUACAGCGGUAAGUUUCACUUUUUAUUCUGUAUCGUGCAGUUACACAAUAAGGUAAAUUAGAUCUAGAAGUACUCAGUCACUUUAAGUGGAUAAAUGUAUUAGUUAAAACUUUAGAGGUUUGCUUUUUUGCUGUUUAGAUCAAAGUUUUUCUGAUUCUUCUGUCCUCAUUGUGAACAUGACCGUGUAGUUGAAACAGUCAGACUUAUUUUUGUAACGUAUGUUACUGUGUGAUGCGGUUUUUUGCUUCUGUCCCCAAUAUUAAACCAUUUUCCUAAUA